AGGUUUCUUCAUCUUCAUGACCUUCCUCCCCCCAUUUCAACUUCCACCUUUUGAACUUCUUCAACACAGUAGUGUUAUUGAUCAGUACUUCUCUCUUCAAAGAAGCACAGGUUAAUGAUCCAUGGGGAUUGUUAUUAUAAGGGGUGGUGGUGGUGUUCUUGUUCCUGUUUCAGCAUUGGGGAUUGUAAUAGUAUUCUGCUGGCUCAUGGCCGAAGCCAAAUCUACUGCAGUUCUGUUUCGGGUUGAUCAAUAUGGGAAAGGAGGGUUUAAGAAGAUACAGGACGCCAUUGAUGCUGUUCCUCAUAACAACAACCGUGUUGUUUUCAUUUGGGUUAAGCCAGGAGUUUACAGAGAGAAGAUUAUUGUUCCAGCUGACAAGCCUUUCAUUACUCUUAGCGGUACUUUGGCUUCUAACACCAUAAUAACGUGGAAUGAAGGUGGGAACAUUCUAGAAUCCGCCACUGUUACAGUUCUAGCUUCUGAUUUCGUCUGCCGCUACCUCACAGUUCAGAACACUUAUGGAAGUGAAGACAAGGCAGUGGCACUGAGAGUGAAGGCGGAAAGGGCUUCCUUUUACGAUUGCAGGAUCCUCUCGUACCAAGACACUCUAUUUGAUGAAUCAGGAAAGCAUUACUACAAGAACUGUUACAUUGAAGGAGCCACUGACUUCAUUUGUGGCAACGGGGCUUCCCUUUUUCAAGGGUGCCAUUUGCAUUCGGUUUCGAAAGUGGGAGGGGCGAUCACAGCUCAGAAGAGGACAUGGCGGUGGCAGAAAACAGGGUUCACCUUCUUUGGGUGUAAAAUUACUGGUUCCGGGAGCGCUGUAUUAGGAAGGCCAUGGGGGGCUUACUCCAGGGUGGUAUUUAUCCUUACUUAUAUGUCUAAAGUGGUGCUUCCACAGGGCUGGGAUGAUUGGGAAGACCAAAACAAGCACAGAAGUGUAUAUUAUGGAGAGUACAAUUGCUAUGGGGCAGGGGCAAACAGAGGAAGAAGGGUAAAAUGGUCAAGAAGUUUGUCUAAAUAUGAGGCCCAAGCAUUUAUCAAUAGUAGACUUAUGCUUGCUCAAAUCAAGACAAGCUUGACUUAGAGCUUCUCCCACACUAUUUCAGAAAUCAUCAUCAAUGUACAUGAUAUUUAAUUAUUUAUAUUUUAUACAUGUGCACAGGAUUGAUCAAUUCU